AUGGCCAUGAAUCGAAUGCGGAGCGCCUUUGCGCCUCCGCGGAAGGGUGAGACCUUUGAGCUUAGAUCAGGACUUGUUUCCCAAUAUGCCUACGAGCGAAAAGAGGCCAUUCAGAAAACCAUCAUGGCCAUGACCUUGGGCAAAGACGUGUCCCAAUUGUUCCCCGAUGUCCUCAAGAACAUUGCAACUGCCGAUUUGGACCAGAAGAAGUUGGUCUACCUAUACCUAAUGAACUAUGCCAAAUCACACCCCGAUCUCUGUAUCCUUGCCGUCAACACCUUCGUUCAGGACUCUGAAGACCCCAACCCGCUCAUUCGUGCAUUGGCCAUCCGAACGAUGGGCUGUAUCAGAGUUGACAAGAUGAUUGAUUAUAUGGAAGAGCCCUUACGAAAGACCCUCCGAGAUGAAUCGCCUUACGUUCGCAAGACCGCAGCCAUCUGCGUCGCCAAGCUGUUUGAUUUGAACCCUUCGAUGUGUCUGGAGAACGGGUUUCUGGAAACCUUACAAGAAUUGAUUGGCGACCCCAACCCCAUGGUGGUUGCCAAUGCUGUCCAAGCACUCUCUGAGAUCCAGGAGUCAGCUCCAGAGAUGAACAGUCUCCAGAUCACUCCUACCACACUGAAAAAGCUGCUCAUGGCUCUCAAUGAAUGUACAGAGUGGGGUCGUGUCACCCUGUUGACUACGCUAGCAGAUUACAAGGCACACGAUGUAAAGGAGGCCGAACACAUUUGCGAACGAGUCGCUCCACAAUUUCAGCAUGUCAACUCCAGCGUAGUCAUGGCCGCCGUCAAGGCUGUCUUUCUACACAUGAGGUCUCUUUCCAGUGAUGCUCAAAAGACAUAUAUGAAGAAGAUGGCCCCUCCGCUGGUCACAUUGGUAUCUUCUGCACCAGAAGUUCAAUACGUUGCUCUCCGAAACAUCGACCUCCUCCUACAGAAGCAGCCCGAAAUCCUCAGCAAAGAGAUCCGUGUGUUCUUUUGCAAGUACAAUGACCCCCCUUACCUCAAGUUUCAGAAACUGGAAAUCAUGGUCCGGAUUGCAAACGAGGCCAACGUGGAUCAGCUAUUGGCAGAACUCAAGGAGUAUGCAUUGGAAGUCGACAUGGAUUUCGUCCGCCGGGCGGUGAAAGCCAUCGGCCAGGUUGCCAUUAAAAUCGAAAGUGCGAGUGAGAGAUGUGUCAAUGCUCUUCUUGACCUGAUCAACACCAAAGUCAACUAUGUCGUCCAGGAGGUAAUCGUGGUUAUCAAGGACAUUUUCCGCAAGUAUCCUGGAUACGAAGGCAUUAUUCCGACCCUGUGCCAAUGCAUAGAUGAGCUCGACGAGCCAAAUGCUCGGGCUUCUCUAAUCUGGAUUGUUGGCGAGUAUGCAGAGAAAAUCAGCAAUGCUGGCGAUAUCCUUGGUGGUUUUGUCGAUGGCUUCAAUGAAGAAUUUGCACAGACACAACUACAAAUCCUGACCGCAGUGGUGAAAUUAUUCCUCAAGCGGCCUCAAGCGGCCCAGGGGCUAGUUCAGAAGGUCCUGAACGCUGCUACCGCUGACAACGACAACCCCGAUAUCCGUGACCGAGCGUACGUCUACUGGCGACUUCUUUCCAACACCAGCGAUCAGAAUGCUCCCAAGAACAUCAUCCUCUCCGAAAAGCCUCCCAUCACAACAACCAUUCAAUCCCUACCCCCUCAACUACUCGAUCGACUCCUCGGAGAACUUUCUAGCCUUGCUUCAGUCUACCACAAACCUCCUGAGCAAUUUGUUGGACAAGGCCGCUUUGGUGCAGACGCUGUGCAACAAGCAGCGAUUGAAGAAGCAAUGCAAAAUGCUCGAGAAAAUCCCAUCGCCGCCGCUGCCGCCGCCGCGGCAGCAGCAGCCGCACCAGGCACCACACCCGAAGCACAGAAUAAUGUUGAAAAUCUUCUUGAUAUUGACUUUGAUGGCUCAGCGCCAGCUUCGACAUCGGAAAAGCCAUCGAAUGGACUUUCAGGACUGGAAGGUCUUGCAGGCACUCCACACAGAGUGGCGUCACCAUCCAAUCAGCCCUCAUCAGCAAACAACAUGGACGAUCUACUUGGGGUCUUUGGCAACGGCAGCUCGUCGGCAGGGCCAUCUGGAUCUGGCUUUGGUGGAAUGUCUGACAAUGAUAUCAUGAACGGCUUUGCUUCGAUGGACUUGACCGGUUCCCAGCCGCCACCGCCUCAACAACAACUUAGCCAAGGCGGCAAAAAGAAAACGAAUGAAGAUCUGCUCUCCUUAUUCUAA